UUGUGAAACAACCCUUCCGUUUUUUUUCUUCAUAUUUUGGGUUUGGUAGAUAAUGAGUUGAGAGUGUUGAGAGUGUAAGUUGGUCAGACGAAGUCCUAACUCCUAAACCCACCCACUAAGAGCUCCUAAUAGUUCCCUCUCCUGGGAACUGGAAGACAAGACUGGGACGAUGCACUAACUACAGUAUAUAACGCAACAGUACCUCUGUUCCACCAAUCCUCUCUUCUUGGUGUGUUCUCCUAUGCUUCUGUCUGUGAUUGGAAAAGGGUAAGUCCAUGAUACAGACAGACCGGUGUGGCCCUGCAGAGUGAAGACCAGGAGGAUGGCAUACAGUGUGGACUUCAAUCUGACACCUAUAAUGGAGCUUGAAUUGGAGAGUCUUAGGGGUGAUGAUACGGCCCAGGACUAUAUGACGGGAACAGGUCUGAAGAGUGGCAGUCGUGAAACCCUGGAAAUGGAGGUCCUUACAACGGAAGGCAGAGAUAGGCUGGCCAGCCAGAUGAGUGAUGUCAGAGAGCGGGCAGAUGCGAGGAGUGAGGAAUCCAUACAGACCAACCUUCUGGUCAGGAAGUGCUGGUCUACCGCCACCCUGAGGGUCCUGUCCUCCAUGCCCAGUCGCAGCAUCGGGCAGCAGAGUCGUCUUGAAAUCAUCUCCCAGUGUAACAUCCGUUCUACUCAGCUGCGCAGGUACCACCGCCAGACCCAGGACGUUUCCCUCUCCUCCAGACCUAGUAUCCGUGGCUAUGGGAUCGAGGCGGACUCUGAGGAUGUCUGUGAGGAAGAGACCAAGAGACAGGAGCUGGUCAACAAUCUUCAGAGUCUGUCGGCCGGUGACCGUGUGCGUAUGCUGCGUGCCACGCCUCUUAGUCUGGCUGAGAAGACUAAACUUAGGAAACUUGUAUUCAGUGACAAAGUUGGACAGUCCCUCUUGAGCAGCCAGGUUCCCUGCUGUAGCUUCCUUAAGCGAGCUUUGUAUCACAUCUUGUUCGGAUGUCUCUUCAUCCUCAGUUCCCUGCAGUUGUGGCAGGGGGCUUUGAAGAGGCUGGGUGGCCGCUUUGGCACUGGUGUGCUCUCCUACUUUCUCUUCAUCAGGACUCUUCUGCUCUUCAACGUCUUUCUCUUCCUCAUCAACGGCCUGUUCCUGGUCCUCCCCCAGGCCAUCCACCCGCCCCUUCACACCCCCAGCUCCCGCAGAGUCACAGGCCUGGAGCUGUUCACCGGCACGGGUUAUCUCUCGAACUCUCUAAUGUUUUAUGGCUACUACACCAACUCCACCAUCAAUACCAGUUGUAGACCUGAUGAAGCCACCGCCGGGACUGGCUGCGGCACCACCAGUGACCCUCACAUGAUGGCCUACAACAUUCCCUUAGCCUACUGCUUCACCAUCGGCAUAACUUUCUUUAUCACCGGCAUCGUCCUCGUUUACAGCAUGUCCACGUCCUUUGGGAGGAGUUUCCAUGUGUUCAAGUCUCAGGGAAACAUGGCCAUAAAGGUCUUCUGCUCCUGGGAUUUCAAAGUCAGCAAGAAGAUGUCUGUCAGGCUGCAGUCGGAGAACAUCACCACCCAGCUCAAGGAGCUGUUGUCGGAGGUGAAAGGCGGAGAGGAGGUGAAGGACAGGCUGUCUGGGAUGACGGUGCACCUGCUAGCAUGGAGCAUUUCUCUGGGGAGCACCUUCUUCUGUGCACUCGGCAUCCACUGCUUUGCCAAGUACAUGCACCUGAGGAGACUUGAGGAUGCAGAGGGGGAGGUCAGUGUGGUGCAUGAGGCUCGUCUGCUGGCUCUGCCUGGGGUUGUGUCCUGUGGGAACCUCCUCAUCCCUGGUCUCUUCAACCUCGUGUCUUGGAUGGAGAACUUCAACUCGCCCAUUGUACGUCUCUAUGUUUCCAUCUUCAGGAACCUACUGCUGAAGGUGAGCAUUCUUGGCGUACUGUGCUACCAUUGGCUGGGGAAAAUUGCAGCUGAACCAGAGCAACAUGGUCUGCAGUGCUGGGAGAGCUUUGUUGGUCAGGAGCUGUAUCGUUUCCUGCUCGUGGAUUUCAUAUUCACGGUUCUCUACACAGUCUUCGGAGAAUUUAUAUGGAAGCGGUUUUCUCAAGGAGUGCUGAGGAGAAGGAGGAAGCCAGUGUUUGAUAUCGCCCGUAACGUACUCGAGCUCAUCUAUGGGCAAACCCUCACCUGGCUCGGCUUGCUCUUCACUCCUUUACUGCCAGCUGUGCAGAUCCUCAAGCUGUUGUUGUUGUUCCAUAUGAAAAAGAGCAGCGUACUGGUGAACUGCCAGGCAUCCAGGAAGCCAUGGAGAGCCAGUCAGAUGAGCACCCUCUUCAUCUCUCUGCUGUGUUUCCCCUCCUUCCUCGGGGCCACCGUGUCUGUGACAUACACAAUAUGGCUGAUUAAGCCCUCCUCUGGCUGUGGUCCUUUCAGGAACCUCCCCUUCAUGUUCCACUCAGGCAAACAGUGGGCCCAGGAGCUGCAGAGUACCAACCCCAAGCUGGCCUGGCUCAACUGGUUACACAGCUGCUUGGUGGAGAACCCCUUCUUCCUGUUCCUGUUGGCUGGUGUCUUUCUAAUGGUCAUUUACAUUCACACCCAAGUUUUAGACGGCCAAAGGAAAAUAAUCAGUCUGCUACAGGAGCAAAUAGAAAAUGAGGGGAAGGACAAGAAGUUCUUAAUUACUAGUCUGCAGGCCAUCCAUGAGAAGAGGCAGUAUCCACUGUCCCCUUCCUCCAGGCCUCAGCCACAGGGCAGUGAGGUUUAAUAUGUUUUAGUGGAAGAUUAAAUGAUUCCAGAGUAUUCAUUGGAUGCUGCAUGUUAAAUGUUGGACUCCCAUCACAUCAAGGAUAUUUGGCUGCUAUCAACCAGUCAAAGUGGACUC